GCAGAGCGGCGGCCGGGCCGGGCCGGGCCGUGCCGGGCCGAGGGAGCCGCGCGGGGCCGGUGGCUCGGCCGUCGGGGCGGGGCCGGGCGGCGCUGACAGCUGCGCGGCGUAAACAAGCGGCCCCGCCGGCCGCCCCGGCCGCCCCUGCUUGGGCCGGGCCCGGCUCCGGGGCGGGCGCUCCGGGCGCCCCGCGGCGUGACGCGGCGCCGCCGACAGACGGGCCCGGCUGCCGACGGGACGGAGCGGAGCGGGCAGGCCGCGCGAUCGUGCUUCUGUCCUGGACAGUCUGUUCCUGUGCUUUUGUGGGCUUGGCCCCAUGUGGGCUUGGGCUGAGCUGGGACCAGCAGGGCAGAGAGGCCAGUGUGCCUCGGAGUGCUGACGCUGGGAGGCUGCUGCUCCCAGGACUCUCCUGCUCCUGGGACCCUCCUGCUCCCCAGCUCGAGGAACCCCGAUACUCUGAUGGAUCUGAGACCCUGCUCGCUGCUGUUGCUCUGGACUCUGGUGGUUGCCCUCACUCUCCUGGACCAGGAGGUGCUGGCCCAGCGUAUUUACACCAACACCUGGGCUGUGCUCGUCCCUGCAGGACCCCAGGAGGCUGACAGGCUGGCCGGGAAGCAUGGAUUCCUCAACUUAGGCCCGAUCUUUGGUGACUAUUACCACUUCCAGCACCGCGGCGUGGUGAAGCGCUCCCUCUCGCCCCACCAGCCCUGGCACAGCCGCUUGGCCAGGGAACCGCAGGUGCAGUGGCUGGAGCAGCAGGUGGCAAAGCGCAGGACCAAGCGAGACGUUUUCAUGGAGCCCACAGACCCGAAGUUCCCGCAGCAGUGGUACCUGUACAACACGAACCAGCGGGACCUGAACGUGCGUCAGGCCUGGGAACAGGGAUACACGGGCAAGGGCAUAGUGGUGUCCAUCCUGGAUGACGGCAUUGAGAAGAACCAUCCUGACCUGGAGGCCAACUAUGACCCAGGGGCAAGUUUUGACGUCAAUGACCAGGACCCAGACCCACAGCCCCGCUACACACAGAUGAAUGACAACAGGCAUGGCACGCGCUGUGCUGGGGAAGUGGCUGCUGUGGCAAACAAUGGGAUCUGUGGUGUUGGCGUGGCGUACAAUGCCAGGAUCGGAGGUGUGCGCAUGCUGGAUGGGGAGGUGACCGAUGCUGUGGAGGCCCAUUCCCUGGGUCUCAACCCCAACCACAUCCACAUCUACAGUGCCAGCUGGGGCCCUGAGGACGAUGGCAAGACUGUGGAUGGCCCGGCCCGGCUGGCAGAGGAGGCUUUCUUCCGUGGGGUCAGCCAGGGCCGAGGCGGGCUGGGCUCCAUCUUCGUCUGGGCAUCAGGGAAUGGGGGCCGUGAGCAUGACAGCUGCAACUGUGACGGUUACACCAACAGCAUCUACACGCUGUCCAUCAGCAGCACCACACAGUACGGCAACGUGCCCUGGUACAGCGAGGCCUGCUCCUCCACCCUUGCCACCACCUACAGCAGUGGCAACCAGAAUGAGAAGCAGAUUGUGACGACUGACCUCAGACAGAAGUGCACUGAGCUGCACACCGGGACGUCGGCCUCAGCGCCCCUGGCCGCUGGCAUCAUCGCCCUCGCCCUGGAAGCCAACAAGAACCUGACCUGGCGGGACAUGCAGCACCUGGUGGUGCAGACCUCGAAGCCAGCUCACCUGAAUGCCAAUGACUGGGUCACCAAUGGUGUUGGCCGCAAAGUCAGCCACUCGUAUGGCUACGGCCUGCUGGAUGCUGGGGCCAUGGUGAGCCUGGCCAAGAACUGGACCACGGUGGGACCUCAGAGGAAGUGUGUCAUUGACAUCCUUGCAGAGCCCAGGGACAUUGGGAAGCGUCUCGAAGUACGGCGGAAAGUGGAUGCCUGCCUGGGGAAAGCCAACUACAUCAGCCGGCUGGAGCAUGCGCAGGCCAGGCUGACGCUGUCCUACAACCGGCGGGGGGACCUGGCCAUCCACCUGGUCAGCCCCAUGGGCACCCGCUCCACCCUCCUGGCUGCCAGGCCCCACGACUUCUCAGCUGAUGGCUUCAAUGAUUGGGCCUUCAUGACAACGCACUCAUGGGAUGAGGACCCCUCCGGGGAGUGGGUGCUGGAGAUUGAGAACACCAGUGAUGCCAAGAACUACGGCACGCUUACCAAGUUCACGCUUGUGCUGUAUGGGACGGCCACCGACUCCCCCAGCCUCUCCAACCAGCUGGAGAGCAGCGGCUGCAAGACCCUGACCCCCAGCCAGACCUGUGUGGUCUGUGAGGAGGGGUACUACCUGCACCAGAAGAGCUGUCUGAAGCGCUGCCCUCCCGGCUUCGCACCCGGUGUCCAGAGCACACACUACAACUUGGAGAACAGCGUGGAGCCCAUUGCACCUCACCUCUGCCUGCCCUGCCACCCCUCCUGUGCCACCUGUGCAGGACCUGGCCCCAACCAGUGCCUCACCUGUCCUGCGCACUCCCACUUCAGCAGCCUAGACCUCUCCUGUUCCCACCAGACACAGAGCAGCCGUGCGUCCCCUGCCCUGGCAGAUGGGGAGGAACCAGCUGAGGCCCCCCCUCCAGUCAACUUGCCUGUCCUCAUCGCCAGCCUCAGCUGCAUCCUCAUCGUCAUCAUCUUUGUCACCAUCUUUUUGGUGCUGCAAGCACGCUCAGGCUUCAGCCUCCGGGGUGUGAAGGUGUAUGCCCUGGACAGUGGGAUCAUCUCCUACAAGGGGCUCCCCUCUGACAUCUGGCAGGAGGAGGGUCCCUCUGAGUCGGACGGUGAGGAUUAUGAGGCCCACAGCGAGAGGACUGCCUUCAUCAGAGACCAAAGUGCCCUUUGAUGAGCCCUCCUGCCCCUCCCUCCUCCCUGCCCGGCACCGCAGGGCUGGGGCAGGUGAGGCUGAGGGGCCCUGGACUCUGCCCCUGUCCCCUUCCUGCACUGCAGCAGCCCACGGCUCCCAUCCACUGGCACCGUCCCUCAGCCCCAGUCUGGGCGGCCAGGCAUGGUCCUGCAGGCACCAUCCCCAGCACAGCACCGUCCCAGUCUUGCACCAUCUCUCCUGGCCCUGCGUCCAUCCCGUGCCCCUUGCGUGGGCGUUUGGUGGCAGUGGGGUCCCUGAUGCUUCCUGGCCUGCCUGGCCAGCAGUGUCUCCCACGCUGGGUCUGUGGCUGCUGCUUGGGGUCCUGUGAGUUCUCCAGGGUGGGCAGCGUGUGAAGUCCUUGGGUUGCCAUGGUUCAAGGUGGGCUGGCUGGGGCAGGGGUGGCUCUGCCCCCAGGGCUGAGCCCAGCUCUGCCACAGCAUCCCCCUGCCCCUCCCACCCUCGGCCUCUGCCGAGCUGCAUCCCAGGCUCAGUUUGUUGUGUCCCAGCUCCCUGCCACCUCCCCUGGGCCUGUCUGCUUCCACUCGUGCCCUUCAACAGCAAUAACGGCCAGGCCUCAGCUGUUGCUGCUGCCCACUGCCUGCCCAUCCCACCGCCGCUGCCUGCAGCGGGUAGGGGCCCUGGCACCGGGGAGCAUCAGGCUGAGCACCGCCUGACCCUGUGCCCAUGGCACAGCCCACAGCCCGGGCAGGGACCCCUCACACAGUCCCUGCUUUGGGGGGCUGCCUUGGGCCCCUUGUGUUCUGCCCCUGGGCAGGGCUGUAGGUGCUGCUGGCUGGGACUGUCAGGUAGCGCCAGUGCCAGCACUGCCCCAGCUCUGCCUGUGUCCUGCCUGUGCUGGGCAGUGCCCAGCAUUCCUGCAGCCCUAGCCCCCUGACGUGCCUUGCCCCCACUUGGUGACAAUCUGUUCUGCUCCCUGCUGGAGCCCUUCCCCUUGCUGCCCCUUCCCUGUGGGCUGGGGGCCAGUGCCACGAGCCCCUCUGCCGUCCGCCGCCACACACCGGGGCCAUGGUGUAGGCUCCCACCUGCGCCAGCCAUGGACGGAGCCACUGACCAGGGGCCACAGGACUAUUUUUCUAUAACAACAUUUUGGUGCACAGUAAUUUUUUCUUGUAAUUUAAUCAGCCGGGAGCUGCCUCCUGAGCCUGUUUUUAAUUUAAUGGAUGUGGAUAUAACGCUAGAGAGACUGAGUUAUUAAAUGUUCAGAACUAUGCAAACCA